AUGAGGUUAUUCUCCAUCCUAUGGAUUCUGUUGUGUGGAUUAAACUUCUUAUCUUCCCAACUUGCAUUCUUCGGAACUACACCCCUAGGAAUAGAGCCGAAGCUCAAAUACCCUAAUGCACCUUUGCCUGUUAUCCCCUCUUCUUCUAUUGGUGUUGAGCCUUUUACUGCUAACAAAGAGUUUGUCUUGGGUAGUAUUAAAAGCUUUCCCAGAGGUACUUCCUGUGGUAGGAAUGGUUUGCAUGCUCAGCAUAUACUUGAUGCACUCAGUGCGUCUGCUUCUGCUAUUGCUGAUGAAUUGCUUAAUUCUAUCACGGCUGUGGUAAAUUUGUUGCUUGCUGGUCGUUUUCCUCCUCAGCUGAGAGAGUACAUUGCUAGCGCUCCCCUCACACCUCUUCUCAAACCUGAUGGUGGUAUCCGGCCUAUCGUUGUAGGUACCAUUUGGAGGCGAUUGGUUUAUAAGGUAGCUGCACUUAGAGUUUGCAAGCAUAUGAGUGCUUAUCUUAGUGACAUCCAGUUUGGUGUUGGAAUCCCAUGUGUGGGUGAGGCUAUACUUCACUCGGUUAAUCGCUUACAGUCUGACAAGGGAAACUGCUCUUCUAUGUCAAUGUUGUUGGUGGAUUUUCGAAAUGAUUUCAACCUUAUUGAUCGAACUUCCAUGAUCUUAGAAGUCAGACGCAAGUGUCCUUCUAUAUCGCGAUGGGUGGAAUUCUGUUAUUCUAGUCCUGUUAGACUGUAUUAUGGUUCUCACACCAUCUCGUCUUCGCAGGGAGUGCAGCAAGGUGAUUCUUUGGGGCCCUUACUUUUUUCUUUAACCUUACAUCCUAUUGUGCUCAAGAUCUCUCGAGUUUGUGAUUUGGAUUUGCAAGCAUGGUAUCUUGACGAAGGGACACUGAUUGGGGACACUCUUAUGGUCUCCAAAUAUUUACACAUCAUUCGAGAGGAAGGGAGCUUGGUUGGACGUGAUAUCAAUAUUCACAAGACUGAGUUGUUUUUGCCUACUGUUGAUGUGAGGAGUACUAUGGCGUUUGUUUUCCCUGCUGAUAUCGAUAGACCUGCCUUGGGAGCUAAGCUCUUAGGCGGCCCUGUAAGUCUCGGUCCCCUGUUUUGCAACAAGUUGGUUAGUGCUCGUGUUAACAAAACUUUACAGCUAAUGGACGUUAUUCAGAGUUUGAAAGAUCAACAGAUUGAGAUGCAGCUUUUUUGGAGUUGUUGCGGGGUCUCUAAGAUCUAUUUCACAUUGAGGACUACUGUCCCGGAUUUUGUUAAGGAGGCUCAGACCAUUUUUGGUUGUCGUUUGUUUAACUUUUUCCAACAAUUAUUUAUUUGGGAUGGUCCUGGUUUUGGGGACUUACAGAUGCGUGUGGCCUCUUUUCCUGUUUAG